AUGCGGUUCCUACCAACCAUUCUCGGCGCUGUGUCGUUACUAAUUUCCGUCACCAACGCCUCCCUCUCAACCGACAUCCUGUAUUGGCCCUUGGGAUCGCCACAACCGUCCGUCCUUGCGCGCAUCUCCUACGACCCAGCCUCAUUGAAAUCCGACGUGGUCUCAUAUCACCCCCCAAAGAAUGACCAGAGCAACAGUCUGGUGCGCGUCGGUCUCUACACUUCAACCCCCACAAACAAAAAGCAAUGGGUCGGCAGUCUUGUGUCGUUGUCCUCCUUAGCCAGUGAGCAACCAACAUUUCGCCUUCACCUCGGUCCAGCCAACGAUGUCUACACUGUCUCCCUGUCUACCUCGUCUAUCGCCGCUCAGGGCUCGAUAUCUGGCCCUCAAAUUGACUUCGUCUCGAAUGAAGCCGGGACGCAGCCUCACCUGAACAGGCCAGUGGUUGUCGGGCCCGAUGGGCAGAACCCAGAGCAACCCGAAGAAAAGUCUCUUUUCCAGAAGUACUGGUGGGUUCUUCUGAUCAUCACUUUUAUCAGCAUGUCCGGGGGUGGCGGAGAAGGACAGUGA